AUUUUGAAUUUCAUAUUGACCUCUGUAAUUUGUUGGACCCGUAGAUAAAUAUUCUGUUUAAUUCUUGCUUAUCAGAGCAAACGCGUAGUUACUGAAGAUCGAUGGUGUUAUCCCAAGGUUUGGCGACAAGAUUUAGAAAUCAUUUUAGGUCCUUGAGUAGUUUACACAAAAUGGAAGAUUCAUGUUUGAUGAAAAACAUCAAGGCGUGUAUUCCGCCUUUAGAUUUAAGCAGUCACAAAGGCCAAGCAGGAAGGAUAGGAGUAAUAGGAGGAUCACUAGAGUACACAGGUGCACCAUACUUUGCAGGGAUAAGUGCAUUGAGGGUUGGAGCAGACUUAAGUCAUAUAUUCUGUACAAAAGAUUCAGCUGCUGUUAUAAAGUCAUACAGUCCAGAGCUUAUAGUGCAUCCCUUAUUAGAUUGGCCAAAUUCUGUUCAAGAAAUUUCAGUAUGGUUUGAACGACUCCACGCUAUAGUUAUUGGACCAGGACUGGGUAGAUUGAAAGAAACAUUUAAUGUAGUUGUUGAAUUAAUAGAGGUCAUAAGAGAGAAGAGGAUCCCACUGCUUAUUGAUGCUGAUGGGUUAUUUCUGAUAAAUGAAAAGAUACAUUUAUUAAAAGAUUUUAUGUCUCCAGUUAUAUUGACACCAAACAAAAUAGAGUUUGAAAGGCUUUGUGCCAAAACAAAUGGGCCUUCAGGGUUAAGCCAGUUGGGCAAGUAUGUGACUGUAUUUAAAAAGGGUGCUGAAGAUGAAGUGUAUAGUGUAGAUCCUGCAGUCCAAUGGAAAUCGAAUGUUGGUGGAUCUGGAAGACGCUGUGGCGGGCAAGGAGACUUGCUGUCUGGUGCUAUCGCUACUAUGAUGAACUGGACCUUAGCCAAUAAAGACAAAAUAGAAAUAGAGACAUGUGACAAGGUACUAUUAGCUUCAUCCCUGUCUUGCUAUGGGGCAAGCCGUUUGAUACGAUUAUGCAAUGAGAAAGCUUUUGCAAAAAAAGGAAGAAGUAUGGUAGCUUCAGAUAUGGUUGAACACAUCCAUGAGUCUUUUGAAGAAUUGUUUGGUCAAUAACCAUUACAAUAGGCUAGUUUCCUAAAAAAUAAUAAUUAGUCCGUCUUGUAGAUUGUCCAAAAUUAAGCGAUACGUAUUUUUUCUUUUUUAAAUUGGAUCAGAACUUGUUAAGAUAUAGCGUGUUAAAGUUGAGUGUGACGUCACAAGUUGCUACAAUUUUCAGGACACUGUGACGUAAAAGGCCCCCACUCCUAAUUUUUGAAGU